UCAUGUCCAACAAUAACGCUAGCAGCAGCAGUGUGGCUGUGGUGCAGAAAGCCGUCAAACAGCUCAGACUAGAGGCCAAAAUACGGCGAAUUAACGUUUCUCAAGCUGCCACAGACCUGAAGAACUUUUGCCUGCAGAACGGCCAUAAAGACCCGCUGCUGGUGGGUGUACCGUCCAGCGACAACCCCUUCCGCCCGCCCAAGUCCUGCGGCCUCCUCUGAACGACUGCUGUCUGAUCACACAUAGAGCUGGUGAAGCACUUCAGAUGAUGUGGCUGCCUUCAAGUGUCUGUUUCUACCUUUACACUACUCCAUAAAGACCUCCUGGAGCACUACACACACACAAACACUACUUAGCAUAGCAAAACAAGAAAUAUUUCUACUGUGUUCAUUUUCUUCAUAUCUGCACAGUUGCUGUCUAUUUGUAUGAACUGUAUUCAGACCGAUCGGUGUAUGACAUCAAAAUACCUCCAGAGCAUUUUGAAAGCAUAAGGAACCGU